CCAUUUGUCUUUUUUUUUUUUUUGAUUUGAUAGGAAAUGCUUUCUAAGAGUAAUAGAGCCCUAACUUCGUUUUCUUCCUGGUUCGUUCUCAUGUUUAGAUUUUUCAUGGAGCUUGUGAGGGUUUUCUCCGAAGUUCGUUUUUGAAACAAUUAAACCCCAGGUAAAAGUGUUUGCCCUGAAAACGACUCCUGGACUUGAAGCAAUAAAUAGCAUCUUCUUAUAAUGACGGUUACCCAUCUGGUCGGUGCGUACUCUAAUGGAUUGGCAACUACAAGAUAUGGAAGGAGAUCAGUAAAGAAUACAAGGAUACUUGUUCCUGAAAGCUCAAAUGAAAUUAAUAAUUGCCUCACGAAGAUUGAUAAGAGGGAAAUAAGCUCUUCCGAUGUCCUCAAGCAUUUACGACUUUCCUCGGACCAUGGCGUCUUGUUCUCUUCGGUCGUUAGCUCUUGCAGGAAGCGCAUUUUUCCUGUGGUCAGAAAUCAGUAUAGUCCAGAUUGUGGUGCGGAUGAUUACAAUGUGGAGGAGAGAUUCAAUACAAAGAAAGGGCGUACUGUGAGCAAUUUGAGUGAGUUGUCGGGGGCAGCUAGCAGGCAAUCACAUUCUCAAAAUGUCAAAAGUGAGCUCAUUUUUCUUACUUUACCAGCACUAGCUGGACAAGCAAUUGAUCCUUUGGCACAACUGAUGGAGACAGCUUAUAUUGGUAGAUUAGGUUCUGUGGAGUUAGCUUCUGCUGGUGUUUCCAUAUCAAUCUUUAACAUUAUAUCGAAGUUAUUCAAUAUUCCCCUCCUUAGUGUUGCAACUUCAUUUGUGGCUGAAGAUAUCUCAAAAAGUACAAACAAGAGAUCUCCCACAGAUGGGGAUUGUGAGGAAGAAAAUCAUAACAAUAAGCAACACAAUGAAAAGGAUGAAAGAAAGCAACUUCAAUCUGUCUCUACUGCCUUACUUUUGGCAUUUGGAAUUGGUGUCAUUGAGGCUAUAGCCUUGUCUUUGGGAUCUGGAGCGCUCCUCAACAUUAUGGGUAUAUCAACUGCUUCACCCAUGCGUGUUUCAGCACAGAAAUUUCUCUCACUGAGAGCCUUUGGUGCUCCUGCAGUUGUGAUUUCUCUGGCUCUUCAAGGCAUCUUCCGUGGAUUUAAAGAUACCAAGACCCCUGUUCUGUGUUUAGGAGCUGGAAAUUUAUUAGCUGUAUUUUUGUUUCCCAUUCUUAUUUAUUACUGCCGCCUCGGUGUUACUGGUGCUGCCAUUUCGACUGUUUCAUCUCAGUAUGUUGUCAGCUUUUUUAUGCUAUGGUUUCUUAACAAGAGGGCUGUGUUGUUACCUCCCAAGCUGGAAAAUUUGCAUUUCGGUGGCUAUUUGAAAUCUGGUGGUUUCCUUCUUGCAAGAACUCUGGCUGUUCUUAUUACACUGACUCUUGGGACAUCAAUGGCUGCUCGUCAAGGACCAUUAGCUAUGGCUGCUCACCAGAUAUGUUUGCAAGUGUGGUUGGCCGUGUCUCUCCUUACAGAUGCGCUUGCUGCAUCUGGUCAGGCUCUGAUUGCAAGUUAUUUUACAAAGGGUGACUACAACACAGUUAAAGAAAUUACCUAUUUUGUGUUGAAGGCAGGGAUUCUUACAGGUGUUACCUUAGCUGCAAUACUGGGUACAACAUUUGGUUUUUUGGCUACAUUAUUCACCAAAGACAUGGAUGUACUAGUUAUUGUUAGAUCUGGGGUUUUGUUUGUCAGUGCCAGUCAACCCAUUAAUGCCCUAGCUUUUAUUUUUGAUGGUCUCCAUUAUGGUGUUUCUGAUUUUGCAUAUGCAGCUCAGUCAAUGAUGGUAGUGGGAGCAAUAUCUUCUGCAGUUUUGCUGUAUGCGCCUUCCAUUUUUGGUCUUCCAGGAGUGUGGUCAGGUUUAGCUCUAUUCAUGGGCUUGCGUAUGGUGGCAGGAUAUAUAAGAUUAACAUCAAAAACUGGCCCAUGGUGGUUCUUGCAUAGUAACUUGCAAGAAAUUUAGAUUAACAUCAAAAACUGGCCCAUGGUGGUUCUUGCAGAGGAACUUGCGAAAAAUUUUGGUUUGUGAAUUAAUCUGAAUAUUAAAUUGCUAAUUUAUUGGUAUUCUUCGACAUAAUACUACCUAAUUUUACAGGUACGUUAACAUGAUGUAUUCGUUAUGUGCCAUUGCUUGUGCUUGUGAAAUCAAUGCGGUGAAGCAAUUACAUAAUGUCCCCACCUGUUUCUCAGUCGUGACCGAGUAGGGUUGUAUGGCUGUAAUAAGUCUCUUGUACUAAUUAUAUAAGAGGAAAAGUUGGCUAGUUUCUAAGAAUAGAUGGUAGGGGCUUCACCCAAUUGCUGAAUGUAGUGAUGGAUUUUAAAUGGAAAUCGGCUCUAAAGACAAUGUUAAACGGAUAUAUAUUCAAACAUAUCAAAAUAAAAUCGUACAUUUCAUUCUCUCC